UGUUCACUCUCAGUCUCUCCAGUCUCCGCCGCCCACGCGAGGUACGCCCAAUUCUCCAUGCCAUUCCCCAUUCCCCUGCUCGCCAGCUCCCCCUUUCCAUCUCAUAGGCCGCCCCUCCCCUUCGUCCCCAGAGGCGGCGCGAGGUCCGCACGCCCCUUCUCGUUGAUCCGGUCCCCGAAGUCCCCGAGGAGGCACUCGAGCUCGGCAUGGUCGUGAGCGACCCAGCGCAAGAGGCCGUCCGAGACGCGGUGGCGCAGGAUUCGUCUCAUCCGCAUCCGCUGCCGUGGCCAUCCCGCGUUGGCGUUGCCUGAGCACGGAGCAGGCCCCGACGCCUCACCAGCUCCGUGGUCCGGGCACUUUGCUUUCACCGGCGAGCUGCCCGUGCCUGCCCCCAGAUGCGCGUCUGCCCGCGGAGGGGGAAGAGUCGAACAAGCAAGCGCUGGUAGGGGAGGAGACGGAGAGGAGGUGGAAUGGGGUUCUGGCGGUGGGGAUCACCGCAGGCGUCGCGCUCAUCGUCGCCUUUGCCUGCUGCAAGAACUCCUGCUCCGCGCGCCAGUGGCAGCUGUGACCGGCAGCCAGUAACUUAGUUGGUUACAGAGGGAGUACAAAAUUGCAGAUAUAGCUUAACUCAACUGAUAGGACCAAGGGAUAUGUGAAAUUGACAAGGAAAAGAAAACUUCAGAAGUGAACACCUCUGAUAGAUGGGAAGAAGUCGAACCUGAAGAAGUGCACUGAAGAAUCGCAGCUGCGUGUGGCCGGUUGGUUCAGGGGACGCGGCGGGCGCCUGUGCAGGGCGGCCGCGGACGCGGGCGCGGCGGCAAGACCGGGGUCGGGGUAGGCUCUAUCUCUCCUGGGCACUGGCUACAAUCGGCAAUGGCGAUCAUGCACGGAGGCGACGGAGCGGUGCGGCGAGGUCGCCGUGCAAGCAGGAGACGCUGUUGGUGGGCGGCGUCUGACACCAGGUCGCCAUCGUGCCAGACGGUGAGAUCGAGGUCAAGGGCGUGGAGUUGCCUUAGAGCAAGUAUAAUAAGGCUGACUCAGCUGGCUAUAAGCCCUUCCACGUCAGCCAAAUCACAUCUGGAGGGGAGAGAAAGAGGGAGAGAGAAGCGAACGGGCGCUUCGUCAAGCGCCAGGCUGCAGCACAAGAUACGAGAGCUUUGCGCCCGCUUGCAGCCCGUGGCGAGCGCUAGAGCCGGCGCUCUCGAUCCCCUGCGCCUCUCCCGCCUCCCGCGCUUCUCCUUCCUCCUUCGCGCGCGAAAAUCAGCCCGUGCCGUCGCCCCAAAUAGCUUCCUCGCGCCAAAUCAAGCCUUCCAAAUUUCCCCAAAUCGGCACCUCUCCCGAACCCUAGAACUGUCGCCGGCGCACAUCAAGGAGAUGGGUCAGCAGUCCAAACGGACGCGCGCGCCGGCACCUCGUGAAGCCCCUCCACCAGCGCCUCUGCUCACCCCGCCGCCAGCGCAUCUCCUGGUCCCGCCGCCGGCGCAUCUGCUGGUCCCGCCACCGGCGCAUCUGCUGGUCUCGCCGGCGCCUAAGUCCACCCCGCCGCCGGGGAUCCCGUCGGCCUUCCCUUCAAAGCAGAGAACAAGCACUUGGAUCCCCACAAGACCACAAGAGUCUCUGGCGGCUAGUCUGCAGCAACCAAGUGAAUCGGGUCCUACGGCUCAAGGUCCUUGCUGGGCACCGCCUGCUUGCAUCGGUGACUCUACAUCACCUUGGUACAUGGCUGGCAAUAUGGACUACUCUGAUCCACAAGUAUGGGGAGUGGAUUCUCACCCACCUGGUGGUUACCUUAGUUACUUUCAGAACACGGCAUUGAUUGCUAGGAAGUAUUGAUUGCAUGCAUUGGCGAUGGGAGAAGUGUCCUCUUGCAUGGAGGGGGCAAUUCACCCGCGGCGAUUAUGGAGUACCAACGAUGAUCCUAGAAGCCGUUGCUUCCCAGGACCUUCGUAUUUGGCAUGCUUUUUUUGGAGUUGCUGGGUCAAAUAAUGAUCUGAAUGUGCUCAAUCAAUCCCCACUGUUUUUUGAUGCAUUGAAAGGAGAAGCCCCUCAAGUCCAAUUUUCUGUCAAUGGGAAUGAGUAUACCACAGGUUACUACCUUGCUGAUGGUAUAUACCCAGAAUGGGCUGCCUUCAUGAAGACUAUACCACUUCCCCAAAUAGAGAAGCACAAGUUGUUUGCCCAGAAGCAAGAAGGGGCAAGGAAAGAUGUCGAGCGCGCUUUUGGGGUAUUACAGUUCCGUUUUACCAUUGUCCGUCGGCCUGCACGUCUAUGGAAGAGAAAGAGUGUUGGAAGGAUCAUGAGGGCUUGUGUGAUUCUCCACAAUAUGAUAAUCGAAGAUGAGAGAGAGCAGGCAAAAAUUCAUAUUGACUUGAAUGAGAUUCCGGGGGCUUCAUUUGCUCUACCUCCCGAAGUGAAUGUUGGUGGUAAUCUAUGUUUCGCAGAUGUGUUGCGUAGAAAAGCUACUAUUCGUGCUCGUCCACAGCAUGCCCAACUUAAAAGUGAUUUAGUCGAGCAUAUCUGGCAUAAGUUUCAAAACAGCCAUCAUAAUUAAUCAUGGUGGAAUAUUGAUAUCUGCAUGUUCAUAUUCCUUUUUUUACUGUAACCUUGAUAUCUUACAUGCAUUUUUAUUUCAGGAGUGAGCUGUGAUGUGGUGAUUGCGGCAGCUGUUACUUAUAGUGGUUGAAGGUUAUUGAUGCAAAUGAGUGGUUGCUCCUUUCCAGUGAAGUACCCUCCAUGCUUUGUGACUUUUGUCAUCGUCCAGAUCAAAACUAUGAUUGUUGCUUGUGGUCGUGAACGGCUUGUUUGCCGGAGAUGUUAUCUAUUAUGUUUGCUGAAUGCUUUCUUAAAGACUUAUGUAAUCUUAAGUAAUUACUCAUGAUGCUAUGGAGUAGUAUGAUGCUGUGUGACAUGUUUGGAGUACUAUGAUGCUGUAUGACAUAUGUUUGUUGCCUAAAUGCCAGUCAGUCUUCCUA